CCACUGUCCAGUACUAUAAAAUUGCACCCACACCCUCCUAGGCUUCUACUUAAAUUUGUAAGUUAGCAUAGACGUACUAGGUAAAGAGAGAGAAAGAAGAGAAAAGAAGAGAGAGAAUAGAGAUGACGAAGUCGUAUAUGCAGAUGGCAUUCCAAAAUAAAGUGUCAUACUGCUGGAGAGAGAAGAAACCUUGUGCGUGGUGGGCUAACAAGUAUUUUAAAGAUUGUCUUUGCAAUUUAAGAGAUCAUUUUUCUUUCGCUUUUGGAAUUGUUAGUUUAUUAGCUUGGGGUGUUGCUGAAGUCCCUCAAAUUAUCACCAAUUUCCGCACUAAGUCUAGCCAUGGCGUUUCUCUUCUCUUCCUCCUUGGUUGGUUUUUUGGUGAUAUUUUUAAUCUAGUCGGUUGCCUUCUAGAGCCUGCUACGCUGCCAACCCAGCUCUACACAGCUUUUCUAUACACAACGAGCACAAUAGUGCUAGUGUUGCAGAGCGUGUACUACGACUACUUCUAUCAAUGGUUAAAAUGUCGUCAUAAUGGAGUCCAUGAAGAGGUUGAGGAAGAGAAGAAACCCCUGAAUCCAAAGCCAACAGAUCAGACAGGUAUCCCCAUUCCAAGUGCCCCAGUAAGAGCACCAAUACGAAGAUAUUACACGUCAGCAAGGUCUUUAGCUGGGAGUGGCACACCCCCAUUCCGAUCUUAUCUGACGACGGGCCCUAGGAGUGGUCCCUCAGCGUUGGUGCGUGGUUACCACUCGUCUUCCGACGAUGAAGAGACUAAUCCCAUUCCUAUCCCUGCCAAGAGAGGUACCGCUAGCCUACCCAGACAGAUUCCACGCCCCGCUGCUCGAGGAGCAAUGGUGGCUGCUGUAUCUGUCAACUUGCCAAUCGGAGGCAAUGCAUUAUUAGAAGCUUAUAAGGGAUUUACUGGGAGGAGGAUGUUAAGCGAACAUGGCUCUGAGCACAGUGCAGUCGGUCAGUGGUUGGGGUGGUUGAUGGCUGCGAUUUACAUGGGGGGACGAAUUCCGCAGAUCAUAUGGAAUAUAAAAAGAGGAAGUGUGGAGGGCCUGAAUCCACUUAUGUUCAUAUUUGCACUUAUCGCUAAUGUUGCCUACGUUGGAAGCAUUGUGGUGAGGCGUACCGAAUUGGCAGAAAUCAAAGCUAACAUGCCUUGGUUACUGGAUGCUGUAGUUUGCGUCGUGCUCGACUUAUUUAUAAUCAUGCAGUAUGUAUACUACAAGCACAUGCGAAAGAGGAAUACAAGAGAAGAACAUGAAUACAACUAUGAAGAAGCCCAAAAAUCUGUUUACUGAGUACUAUUUGUAGGCGCUAGUACACCAAAAUGUCAGAUUCUAGCAAAUUAUAGGAUCUUGAGCAGCUAUGAUAUAUCAUGCUUCUUGUAAUCUUAAUCUAAUGACAUUAUGCUAACCAACUGAGAUAAAUAACCUGGUUAUAGUUUUUCCGGUGCU